AUGUCUAUUAACGUAGGAAUUAAUGGUUUUGGAAGAAUCGGUAGAUUGGUGUUAAGAAUUGCCUUGGAAAGAGAGGAUAUUAAUGUGGUUGCAAUAAAUGAUCCUUUUAUUGCACCUGAUUAUGCGGCUUAUAUGUUUAAAUACGAUUCUACUCAUAGAUCUUAUAAAGAUGAAGUCACAUCCGAAGAUAACUAUUUAGUUAUCAAGGGGAAGAAAAUUCAAGUAUUUCAAGAAAGAGAUCCCGCUAAUAUCCCAUGGGGGAAAGUUGGUGUUGAAUAUGUAAUCGAGUCUACAGGAGUUUUCACCAAAUCCGAUGCUGCUAAAAAACAUAUUGAUGCAGGUGCUAAGAAAGUUAUUAUCACUGGUCCUUCAGCUGAUGCUCCAAUGUUCAAUAUGGGUGUUAAUGAAGAUACUUAUACACCAGAUAUCGAUAUACUUUCAAAUGCUUCUUGUACUACUAAUUGUUUAUCUACAAUUGCUAAGAUUGUUAACGAUAAAUUCGGAAUUGAAGAAGGGUUGAUGACUACAGUUCAUUCAACCACAGCUACUCAAAAAACUGUUGACGGUCCAUCCAAUAAGGAUUGGAGAGGUGGAAGAACAGCUUCAGCUAAUAUCAUUCCAUCUACUACUGGUGCUGCAAAAGCCGUUGGUAAGGUUAUUCCUGAAUUAAAUGGGAAGUUGACUGGAAUGUCGUUCAGAGUUCCUACCACCAAUGUUUCAAUUGUUGAUUUAACUGUUAGAUUAAAGACCCCAACAACAUAUAAGGAAAUCUGUCAAGCUAUGAAGAAAGCUAGUGAAGGUGAGUUCAAAGGAAUUGUUGGUUAUACUUCUGAUGACGUAGUUUCAACGGAUUUCAUGAGUUCUCCAUACUCAUCAAUUUUUGAUGAAAAGGCAGGUAUUCAAUUAUCUCCAACUUUCAUCAAAUUGGUUGCUUGGUAUGAUAACGAGUUUGGUUAUUCCAACAGAGUUGUUGAUUUAUUAGAAUAUGUAGUUAACAAAUCUAAAUAG